UGUACUUGUAGGGCAUCAUUCAUUUUCACACAAACAUAAGUAUAUACUCCACAAAGAGAGACAGAUUGUGUGUGGCGAUGGAGAUGGAGAAAGAAUCAAGAUUCAAAAGGAUUUGUGUUUUCUGCGGCAGCAGUUCUGGCAGGAAACCAAGCUAUCAAGAAGCUGCUGUCGACUUGGGAAAACAACUGGUGGAGAGAAGGAUUGAUUUGGUGUAUGGAGGUGGAAGCGUGGGUCUGAUGGGUCUUGUUUCUCAGGCAGUUCAUGAUGGUGGGCGCCAUGUUCUAGGAGUUAUUCCAAGAACUCUUAUGCCUCGAGAGAUCACGGGCGAAACUGUAGGAGAAGUACGAGCUGUGUCCGAUAUGCAUCAGAGGAAGGCAGAGAUGGCGCGACAAGCUGAUGCUUUCAUCGCCCUUCCUGGUGGUUAUGGCACUCUUGAAGAGUUGCUUGAAGUCAUCACUUGGGCUCAACUAGGCAUUCAUCGUAAACCAGUGGGGCUGUUGAAUGUGGAAGGUUACUAUAAUUCCUUGUUAUCUUUCCUUGACAAGGCCGUUGAUGAAGGCUUUAUCUCCCAAACCGCACGUCGAAUUAUUGUGUCUGCCCCGACCGCCAAACAGUUGGUCCUAGAGCUCGAGGAGCAUAUUCCGGAAUGUGAUGAAAUUGCGUCGAAAUUGAUAUGGGAAGAGGUGGAAAUGAUGAAUUACUUGCCUGAAUCAAAUGUGCCAACGUGAUUAAUGAGGGAAUAUGGGCUUCGACUUUUGGCUUUGGAAUUUUCUUGACUUUGUAGUAUAUAUACGAACUACUACUAUAUUUUGAUGCACAGUAACUACCACUUUUUUCUUUUCUUUUUUUUGUACUUUUGUAACUCUCCCCGCAACCUUAAAGUUGUAAACGUAUUGGGGGAAAGUGGAAAGAAAAAAAAAAUACUCCUACUACGUUUAAUUGUUCUACUUAUACAAUGGUUUUACUA